AUGGCUGCAAACUUUGGCACGCAUGUGUUUCAGCGCAGGGACCCGGAAAUGGAGCGGAACGACGCGCGCAUGGGCGUGCCCCGGGACCCAAUUGGGGUCUCUGACAGAGUCAUCAGCUUUGGCAGGCUCGCACUGUUUGGAAUAGCUGGUCUGGUGCUGGUGUACGCGUGGUUCAGCCGCCGGUAUCCGCCCAUCCGCGCUAAAGACCUGCUGCUGACAACGCCCACGUUCUUCUCGGGCACCCUGUGGUUUGUGGGUUCGUUUGCUUGCAACGGAAUGAUCGAGGUUGAAGGCGUGCUGAGGCACUGCAAAUUCAUUGCUCUGUAG